AUGACUAUAGCUGUUAAUAGGACGUAAAACACAAACAAACCAAAUUGUUGUACAAAGGGAUAGAGCAGCUCCUCUGGGGCUCGGUCUAAAAGGGAGUAGUUUAAGCAUUUCAGUGAAUAAAGCCUGAACAAUUAAUCAUAUUUCAAACAAAAAAAGUUGUUCACCUGGGUGGUGAAAGGCAGAACCCAGAAUGGAGAGAUAUUUGUAACAACACUUUCUAUGAGAAUAUUUUGCCAUUCUUUUAUAUAUAUAGAUUCGCAACAAAGCCGCAUUCAUAAUUGCGCCUCGAUCUUGUUUUGAAAAGAAGCAUGUUUCGAUGUGAUGUAUAUGCCACAUAAAUAAAAGUGUACCCAGGUAAUCAUAAAAAACAAUCAAAAUUGUCUGGCUUCUAUCUACCAUCAUUGUAUACAAAUUUCUUGAUGGUUUGUUUAUCACAAUUAGAAACAAAUAAUACCUCUGAUGAACAUUAACUUAUUUACAGAUUGACCUGGAUUAUCACAUAUUCAUGGAAGAAUGAAAAUACUAAACAUGCCAUUGAGGACAGCACCAAAGUGGCCGAAACAUUACGGAUUUGAUAUAGUUGGCGAUGGGCCAUGUUACGUUGUCAAUGUGGAGAAACGCAAGGUUGCCUAUGGGGCAGGGCUGAUGCCAGGAGAUCAGAUACUGGAGUUUGAUGAACAAGAUGUCACUAACUUGUCCUCGGAAGAUAUUAAGUCUUUAGCCAAAAACAGUAGAACACAGCCUCCAACCCUGGGUGUGGUGGCUCGCCGUCAACAGGUGGAGCUUGUGUGUAGUAGGACGGGGGGCUGUGGGUUUGAAGUGCAUGGAGAGAAGCCUGUGAGAAUCCAACAUGUAGAUCAGGCCGCACCAGCUUUUGUCGCAGGACUUAGAGAAGGUGACAUUGUCCUGGAGGUGAACGGUCAGAGUGUGAUGCGGACUGAAGACAUGACUGAUGUCCUGCAGGGAAAUCUCCGCAGACUGACCAUUUCUAUUAUCCCAGUUGGGAAACAGAAGGAGACUGGAGGCACAGUGCGCAAGGUCAAACAUAAGUCACCAACAGGGGGGAGCAGGAUCCAACGGGCACGGAACCUCCACAACAAGAUGAACGAGAUUCUUGGGGAUGAUUAUGAGAAGAAAAUGGCAGUGGUUGGUGUUAUGAAACAGUUUGCAGAGGACAGAGAUAUUGACAUCCUCGCUAGAGCUUUGGCUGUCAUCCUUAAAACACCACAACAACAGAGGAUUGUCAGACAGAUCAGACAAUUCAUUCCUCCACGAAAGCGAUACAGAUUUGAUGAGACAAUACGACAGCAACAAAGCCUUUCUGCAAAUGCCAGGCCUCACUCUGGUAAAGGUGAUUCAAGAGGCCCAUCCAAUCACAAACAUGGCAUUGUUAAAGCUGUACAGGUGGUGAGAAAUGGAGGCAACUUUGGCUUUGUGAUCAAAGGCAAUAAUCCAGUGUUUAUAGAGACAGUAGAUUCUGGUGGAGCUGCAGAGAGGGCUGGGCUUCAGCCAGGAGACCUCAUCAUGAAGCUCAAUGGCAUUGAUGUUAAGAGGUGUGGACAUUCUCACCUGGUACAGUUGUUCCAAGAUAGUGGCAGUGCCCCUCUCAUAGAGGUGUUACGACUUACUGAAGAUACUGAUGCCACAGCUGGUUUCUUGGGAGGAGGGACAGGUUCAGUGAUUUCCAUGUCAACUGUGUCAAGCCAUGCCUCCUCAGCCUGGAUGACCACUGAUGAGACACAUAAUACCGACAGGGAGGGCGACACAUUCAAACAGAAGGCACACUACCUGCUGACCUCCAAGGAAAGGUCAAGGAUGAAGAAAGCAAUGCUGGACUAUGACAGGUCAAGAAAUAUUGUGGAGUUGUUCAAUGCCCUGUCCCAGGUGAUGGACACACCGUCUAAGAAGGUCCUGUGGAAAUUCAUCCUGGCCAAGUUACCUACUGCUCACCAGGAGUUCUGUGUAACCAGAAUCAACCACCCUCAGCACAUCCUCAUGGAAAUAGUUGAUUCCUCUAACCAGAACAGUCAGAUGUAUGAUAAAAGCUAUGGCAAUGAAGUGCCCCCUCCCUGGGCACUAAAACAUGGUACCGAGGCCUGGGGUCAGACUGGUCCACACUUGGCAUCCUUCCAACAACAGGUGGAGUACCUACUUACCACUAGGGAACGCUCACAGCUGAAGAAGGCUCUCCAGAUCUACGCCGAGAACAGGAAAGUUGAGAACCUAAUUCAGGACUUAGAAGUCAUUCUGGACACUCCAUCAAAGCAGACACUCUGGAUCUAUAUCAUACCCCUACUGGUAGCUGAGCAUCAGGAGUAUGCCCGCCACCGACUCAAUAUACACCAAGAUGUCAAAGGCCUGCCUCCUGGUAAGUGUGCAUCUCUUAUCCAUACACAGGCUGAUCAAGUGGAGCCCCAGUAUAGCACUGAGGAUGAAUUUAGAAUAGUGGGUGUUGCAGCUGCUGCCCUCAGAAGAGGAAGGGAAUACUUGAGUUCUUACUCCUCUGAUGACGACAUGCCUGACCGAACACAAAAGCCAGGUGUGAAGCGGGCCAGAGGUCGCCUCUGGAAAAAGAUGCAUCCUGGGUAUGACCUCCGAGGAGGGGAUGGUACAAAGAGCAUAGACAUGGCUCUUAUGAAGGAACUGGAAGAAACACGGCGAGCUGUAGAGGAGGCAAAGAAAAUAUUCCAGGCAGGACACAAAAUGGAUGCAGAUUUAACAGACUCUGACGAUGACACAGGUCUGAAAUCUAAGAAGUAUGUAACCGUAAUACCGAUCAGUUGCGCUGAAUAUACAGGAAAAGUCAUGUCAGAUGAAAAAUCUAGACAAGGAAAGUCAUACCAAAGGAAGAGAAAUGGAGUAUCACCUGUUCCCAGUGAUAACAAAAAUGGAACGCAAUUUCCGCCGGAGAUUGUGUUCAGUUCCACUUGUUCAGACAGUGACAAUGAUGUUGAAACUGAUGUUGAAAUAGACAGGUCCAGAUUCUCCAUAAAAUCUGGAGAUUCAUUUAACCGCCGUGCUAUGACUGCAUUGAAGGAGCUUGAUGCUGCCAUGGCUGCAGAAGUGUCUGACCUUGAUGCCAGCAGUACCAUUGGCCAGGAUUUCCUCAAGGUCACUGGUGGAUCCUCAUUAUUGUAUCAACAUGGGAAGCCAGCGUCCAAAAGCCUACCUCCACCUCCUCCAGUGGCACCCCCUCCUCCCCCUCUACCACCACCACCACCCCCACCCCCAGGGGUACAGAACGGCACCCCAAGUCACCAGUCUGCAGCUGGUGGCAAAAUGAAUGUCAAGAGGAUCAACUGGGACAAGCUAGACCAGACUAAAGUGGAGAACACAAUAUGGGAACAGUUGGGAGAAAAUGAUUUGGAGGAUGUUGUCAAAUACCUGGAAUUGGAACAGCAUUUCAGCACUGGAGCUACCAAACAGAAAAUAUCUGAGAAGCGACAGGAAGUGUUCGUCCUCAAUGCGAAGAAAGCCUACAAUAUCUCCAUACUGCUUGGUCAUGUGAAGAUGAAUGUGAAUCAGAUGAAGCAGGCACUGUUCCAGAUGGACGAAGAUAUUCUAACUUACGAACUCCUUCGACAACUCCUUGCCUUCGCACCAAAUCACCAGGAGAUGGAAAAAUAUGACUGUUUUGAUGGAGACCUUGAUGACCUGAGCAAACCUGAUAGAUUUGCAUAUGAAAUGAGCCGUGUUCCUGGGUAUGAACAAAGACUGAAAGCCUUAAUAUUCAAAGGGAAUUUUAAUGAGAAGAUUGCAGAAAUGAAAGAGAAUUUACAGAACAUCAGAAAGGCAUCUGCAGAACUACGUCACAGUAGGAAACUGGCUAAGAUAUUGGAAUUGAUUUUGGCUAUGGGAAACUACAUGAACAAAGGCAAUAACAGAGUAGGAGGUGCAGCUGGCUUUAGGAUAUCCUUCCUAGCACAGUUGGAUGUCACCAAGACUAAGGACAACAAGAUGACUUUCAUACAUGUAUUGGCCGAGGCUGUGUACUCCCAAUUCCCUGAUGCUUUAUCAGUAGGCGAGGACCUUACCACAGUCCCUCUGGCAAGCAAAGUGUCUAACAUUAUGCUGAAUCAAGAACUACAAGAACUGAGAAAAGUAUUACAGGAUGUCUCCAACACACUGGAAAAGUUUGGAUCUCAAAAGACAAGCAUCGGAGCCAAUGAUCGCUUCCAGGAUGUGAUGGGACACUUUAUAUCACAGGCAUCAGAUGAGAUCCAGGGUCUGUUCCGUCUCCAAGCUAAUACCAUGGAGGAAUUCCAGGCCAUGGUUCAGUUCUUUGGGGAAGACUCCAAGAAAUCAACAACGGAAAUAUUUGGGAUUUUCUCGGAGUUCAUCACAAAGUUUGAAAGAGGACAUCGUCACAACAUGGUGUAUAAACGGCGCUAACAUCAAACAUCAAGUCACUGAAAGUGCAAUAAAGGCAGCUACAAAUUAAAUUUCCUCUCCAUUUACUUACUAUAUGUACUUUUGUUUCCAUCGUUGUGACACAGGACACUUUCAUCAUUACAAUCUUUGGACCAGUUAUUUGUUUGGAUCAUGUGAACUAUAUAUCUUCCUUUGUAAUGUGUAAUUAUGGGAACUACAGUGCCUUCAGGAUAGAGAAUGUUGCUGACAACAAAGAAUACUUUAUCAGAAUCAUGUCACAGAUGAAGACAUGAAUUGUCACUGCUUAUAGAUAACAACAACUGUGUCACUGCUUAUACAUAACAUCAACAACUGUGUCACCGAUAUCAUACAACAACUGUGUCACUGAUAUACAACAACUGUGUCACUGAUAUCAUACAACAACUGUGUCGCCGAUAUCAUACAACAACUGUGUCACUGAAAUCAUACAACAACUGUGUCAGUGAUAUCAUACAACAACUGUGUCACUGAUAUCAUACAACAACUGUGUCACCGAUAUCAUACAACAACUGUAUCACCGAUAUCAUACAA